GAUCGCCGCUCAUCUUCUUUUGACAAGUACUGUCACUUACCAUCAUCAUAAUAUCCAUCUCAGUGUCACCACUGGUGUUGGUUACAUAAAAUUUAUUUUCGUUUCGAUUGUUCAAGUAAAUCGCAAUUUAUUCGAAAGAGUCGCACAUUAGAAAUAAUGUUGCGGACAGCGUUGUCAACCCUUAACGCGACCACCGGUGCAAACAGUUGCAAUGGGAAGCUGUUAUUGCAGGGCUUUGGUGGCACUUUUUCACACUUCAGUCGUCCGAAGACAACCGAAACCAUGGCCGUGGUCGAUCAGAACAAUCCAAUAGCAAGGAAACCCUACUCUCCGUUCGGCAGAGAUCAGCCGAGUUUGGUCGAAUGGUCUGUGGCACGAUUGGACGAUCUGCUGAAUUGGGGACGAAAAGGUUCGUUGUGGCCACUGACAUUCGGUCUGGCUUGUUGUGCCGUUGAAAUGAUGCACAUCGCUGCACCUCGUUACGAUAUGGAUCGUUUCGGUGUCGUUUUCCGUGCAUCACCUCGUCAAGCCGAUGUUAUUAUUGUUGCGGGAACAUUGACCAAUAAGAUGGCACCGGCUCUGCGAAAAGUGUACGAUCAAAUGCCCGAACCGCGAUGGGUCAUCUCAAUGGGCAGUUGCGCCAAUGGUGGAGGUUAUUACCAUUACUCGUAUUCGGUGGUGCGAGGCUGCGAUCGAAUUAUACCUGUCGAUAUCUAUGUGCCGGGAUGUCCUCCAACUGCUGAGGCAUUAUUGUACGGAAUUUUGCAAUUGCAGAAAAAGGUGAAACGAAUCAAUACACUUCAGAUGUGGUAUAGAAAAUAAAUGUAAUUGAAAAACGCUAAUUUCUCGUUAAGUGAAUUAUUGAACGAUGUAAGCUUCGCGUAGUGAUCUUGUUUACCAACUGUCCCCAAUAGUAGUAUAAAUAGUUUAAACAAAUGCACGAA